GCCCCCGACGCAAACUCGCUCUUCGCGUUCAUUUCAUUCCUCUUCUCAUUCCGAGCAUUCUUCGCAUCUCUGACAGUGCGCGAAGCGAUUCACCUACACCUUCCUGGCUGGCCCAGAAACUCACGAAAAACUUCAAUUUAUAAAAAAAACAUAUUUAGUAAAAUCCCAUCACCAAAAAGGGACAAUUUUAUAAGAAAAAUCAGUGAGCAGUUGGUGUGCACUCAUCCUGGAGUUGUCCGGGAUUUCCUCGGAGGAUUUUCGGAUCAUCACCUUGAAAACACCGCGGAAAGAACAGACUUGUUGCUUCAGUGACUUUCCUCCUUUUCGUUUUGCACAAAGUUUUGUGUCUCCCCCUAGUUUGCUCCAGGCUUAAGCUUGGAGAGCCCCACUGCCACCAUUGACCCGAGCAGUUGGAGCGGCAGCGAGAGUCCUGCCGAAGACCUGGAGAGGAUGAGCGACUCGACAGACAAGCCUGCGGACAAUGAUGCGGAGGGAGUGUGGAGCCCGGACAUAGAGCAGAGCUUCCAGGAAGCACUGGCCAUCUACCCCCCCUGUGGGCGCAGGAAGAUCAUACUGUCAGAUGAGGGCAAGAUGUAUGGCCGAAAUGAGCUGAUUGCCAGAUACAUAAAGCUGCGAACUGGGAAGACGAGGACUCGGAAACAGGUGUCUAGUCACAUACAGGUCUUAGCAAGAAAGAAAGUUCGAGAAAUCCAAGCUGCCAUUAAGGUGUCUAGUCACAUUCAGGUUCUUGCCAGAAGGAAAUCUCGUGAGUUUCAUUCCAAGCUAAAGGUUACAAGUAUGGAUCAAGCCGUGAAGGACAAAGCGCUCCAGAGCAUGGCCUCCAUGUCGUCUGCUCAGAUCGUCUCUGCUACGGCCAUUCACAACAAGCUGGGGCUGCCAGGCAUCCCUCGCCCAGCCUUCCCCGGAGCAGGGUUAUGGCAGGGCAUGAUAUCAGCUGGGCAGCCGGGAUCCUCACAGGACAUUAAACCAUUUUCACAACAAGCAUAUCCAAUCCAGCCAACAGUUACAACGGCCAUUUCAAGUUAUGAGCCCUUAGCAGCUCAGGCUCCAGCAGCACCUGCCUGGCAGGGACGUUCCAUUGGGACAUCCAAACUGCGACUGGUGGAGUUCUCUGCUUUUCUAGAACAACAGAGAGACCCAGAUUCUUACAACAAACAUCUAUUUGUACAUAUUGGUCAGACAAACCACUCUUACAGUGAUGCUCUCUUGGAGUCCGUAGACAUCCGGCAAAUUUAUGACAAAUUUCCUGAGAAAAAAGGAGGGCUAAAAGAGCUUUAUGGAAAGGGUCCUCAGAAUUCAUUUUUCCUUAUAAAAUUUUGGGCGGAUUUAAACUGCAACAUCCAGGAUGAAAAUGGAUCAUUUUAUGGUGUCACAAGUCAAUACGAAAGUUCUGAGAACAUGACGAUCACAUGUUCCACAAAAGUCUGCUCCUUCGGCAAACAGGUGGUGGAGAAAGUCGAGACUGAAUAUGCUCGCUUUGAAAAUGGCCGCUUCAUCUAUCGCAUUAGCAGAUCUCCCAUGUGUGAAUACAUGAUCAACUUCAUCCAUAAGCUCAAGCAUCUCCCGGAGAAAUACAUGAUGAACAGUGUGCUGGAGAACUUCACUAUCUUAAUGGUGGUGACAAACAGAGACACACAGGAGACGCUGCUGUGCAUGGCGUGUGUGUUUGAGGUCUCCAACAGCGAACAUGGAGCUCAGCAUCACCUUUACAGACUGGUGAGGGAGUGAGUGAGCACUCCUUCUAUAGACUUUACCCCAUUGGCAGUGCCUCGACUAAAGUCCUGCAUACAUGGCUUUUUUCGUCAUGAUUUGGGUGACAUCCAUUGCCAUUAAUUUUUUGUAUUUGACUGCAGCUGUGAAUUAAGGUACAGUUGUUUUAUGUUUUAAAAAAGGAAAUCACAUUUUGUUUGGUAUGAUUAUUGAUAAAUGUUUAUAAAUAGUAAAUGGAAAUCUAUGUGAUGUUCUCUGUUUCAUGUAUAGAAGAGAAAAAAAAAUACUGGCACUUUUUAAGUGGUCUUAAAUGUUUUUUGUAGCUCUGUUUAGCCAAUAAGUAUUGUCUAUAAACUCAAAUUCCACAGCUGUCAGUAGAUUUCCCAAAGAAAACAGAGUGCUAUUGUAACUGUAUUUAAAACCACACAAUAACAUAACAAAAAUCAGGCAGCCUUUCAGAUUUAUUUCAUAAUAUGCACUCCACGUCUUGUACACUAACUGCAAUGGACUGUGAAAUACAUUAGGUUUUAUUUGACAUACAUUUUAGGCACUUGUCAUUAUGAUAUAAGAUCUGUUAUAUUAGAAGGGAUUACUUCAACAUUUCAAACACAUGCACAAUAUUAUAUUUUUAAGUCAUAUUCUAACCUGGUUUAGGUCUUAAAAAUGCCCCUCUUAAUUUACUUUAUGAGCUAGAUCUGUUUGUCAUUGUAAAUUGAAAACAGAAAUAAAAUUAACAAUCCUCCUUAAAAUUCUAGUUUGGCAUGUACCAAAUUUUAAGUUUUUCAGGUGAAUGCUCUAACAAAAUUCUCAGUUGUGGAAAAGCGCUCACUUGGGCUUGCCUUAGUCAUGCACAUGUUUUGGACUAGUUCACGGUGCCCUGUUGACCACCUUAAACCUUGUAAAUGUGAGUGCUGUGCUCAUGUUUUUGAGUGGCCUUUGCAGCUGUAGCUGUGUGAACACCAAACCAUGCCUCUAUAAACAUGAUAGUGAUGAUAAGUGCAUUGAGAUAGAAACACAAACUUGCCAAAGGUAAAAAGUACUGUGCCUUAAAUGUACUCUACCCUUUAUUUCAUGAAUAAUGGUGUUGAAAACUAAGUCAUUGGCUGUGUAUUAUUGGCAUUUAGAUAAAUUACUGUAUGUACGGUAUUUGUAGUCCACACUUUAAUGUUGGUUUGACAUAAUACAUGAUAUGAAUAGUAUUUUAUAGACCAACCACUGUACCACCUGGUUACUGAGGACAUAUUGGCAUUUACAAGUACAAUAGACAGUCUGAGACACUCCAGUAUGUCCUCUGUGGUAGCAGAAAGUGCCUUUGGUUUGAGGACUAUCUUUAAGCUUAAAACAGAUCAUACAAAUGAACCAAAAUCACAAGUGGCAUCAGUCACCACAAUGCCUUGUUAUAUGCUGGGACAAAUAUUCAAUGUGUUACACUGAAAACAUUUACUGCACUAAUUAAUCCAGUAUGUCUCUUUGUUGUUUUUUCCAAGCUGACUCCCACCCUCCGUGCCAUAAUAGUGGUGGUUGAUAUUGAGAAAUUGGGUUAUUCUGAUGACAAUAUUCAGAUGAUAUUACAGUAAUCCCAAUGUGCCUGUAACUGUCUGGUUAGGGUUCAAGUUACACACAAAACAUGUUUGGAUUUUUUCCCCCCAAAUUGUGUUAUUGUAGACAACACAAUUUUGCAUAUCUAUCUUAACAUAACAGGAGAACAGACAUAUUUUGGCAUUUUGUCUUCAUACCCUUUGGCUACAUGACCUUAGGCAACAUAAUCCUUGAAUAAAUACUCUUGAAUGUCCAGUAUUUUAAUGUGUAAAUGUAUUUAUUGAUAGCAUAUCUUUUGUGAUAUAUCAGCGAUGCAUUCUUCUUUAACAUUUUAUGACAUUGUAACAAGUUACUUUUAGAAUGGUUCUGAAACUAUAAAUAUGUUAAAAGACACAACACAGGGAAAGUCACUGUGGACACUUGCAGGUUCAGGUGUUUAAGGGUGGUUAUAACAGACUGUAUUCCCUUUAUAUUCAGUCUGCACUGUGUUGUACUGAAACCCUAUAAAUACCAAAUCAAUAUAGACAUUAAUGUUGGGCUAAAUAAAGCCUUAAACAUUGAAACUGAUCCAUUUUAAUAUCUAAAUGUGGACGAGGCCAUUGUUUGUUUAUAAUGUGUUUGUGUUUUUAUACAAAAUAGUAUUUUCAUCAUAGAAAACCCAAAGUCAGGAGUAGUCUCUGGUGAAGUAAAAUUAAAAUGUUCUGUGUUUUACAGUGUCAUGUGAACACUGCAGGCUUUUCUUUUAUGUACCCUGUGUAUUUUUUACUUUCAUUUCUUUGUGGAAACAGUUUCUUGUUGAUGUGUUAGUGUACAGUUGUACUUGGUUUUGUGUUGUCAUUACUGUUUAUAUGUUGCAAGCCCAAUACGAUUGCAAUGCUUACACUGCUGGAACACUUAUAUCAUCAUUUCAAACACUAAAGGCCUUAAGACCCAAUCCCAAUUAUUUCGAGGAAAUUUAGAAACUUCUUCACUACCUUGAAGAUUGUAGCUAAAUGUUUAUUAGCAUAAUUAUAGUAGGGAGGAUUUGAAGUAUUUUGCAUACAGAAUUGCCCAACAUUCAUUCUAUUUUUUACUUUUUGAAUAAAGGUUCUUUGUACAAGCUUUUCUUGACACAGAAUGCAGUGGUAUCUUUUCUUAUAACACAGUAAACCAUUGAAAAGAAAGAAAAAUAAAUCUCCAAGUCAAUGUGCUGCAUUUGAUCUUGUCUCUGCUUUGUAACAUGAUACUUUAUUGAUAACGGUAAAUAUUUUGUAGCUAUAGAUCUUUGGUAUGUAUGGAAAAUUGAGGUUAAAUAAAUUGUGUAAAUUGGGGGAAAA